GUCGCUUCUUUCUUCCGCAUCUCGGUUCGUCUUUUCAAUAUCUCCCUGGUAUAGGAAUCCCAGUUUGACCGGUUUAAUGGUGCCGGUUCAGUACAAACCGAAAAGAAACCCUCUCGGCCUCUCCUCUCAAAAGGUCAAGAGAAGCGAGGGAUUUUAAGCAUAUCGACCGUCGACAUAUCUAAUCAUCUCUCGGUGUCGCCGCCUUUCUCCGCCGUCUUAAAAUCGACCUUGUUUGAUUUUCGAGACGACGAAAGAGACCUAACGAUGUCUGGGAGGUUGCUGAAGAAGGUUCUCCAGGAACAUGAAGAAUCCAAACAACGGAAUCAUCACGAAGAAGAAGAGGAAGAAGAUGAUGAUGAAGAAGAAUUGGGAGCCCGUUCUUCGAUUAAUCCGUUUGACCUCUUGAACGAAGAUGAUGAAGAUCCUGAGGAGAUAGAGAUUGAUGAUGAGGCUAUAGUCGAGGAGAAGAACGAAGAUGCGGAUCACUUGUCAAAGAAUGUACAGCCGGUGUCUAAGAAUAAGUCAAAGAAAAAGAAGAAGAAGAAAAACAAAGAGAGUGGUUCCAAUGUGGCCAAGCCUGAAAUCAGUUUGGAUGAAACUUUAGAAGCACUUGGUCUCAAUGCUAACUCUAAGCUAGAAAAGGUCCAGGAUUCAAAACCAAAUGCUGAUUCUUCGAAAAAGGCCUCUUCACGAUAUGUGCUGGAAAUAGAUCCCAAGUACCUAAAUCUUGAAAAUGAGCUGAGGAGAGUGUAUGGUUCAAAGGCUCUGAGAUCAUUUGAAAGUGGCACUCAAGGUGGUGGUAGCUCUAGACUAGGACGAGGGGGAAGACGUGGAGUUCAUCAUAUCACAAAGACGGUUCUGAUAUCCCCAAAGGAGAAUUGGUCUCGCUGGGAUCGAUCUUUCUCAAUGGAGUUUCUAGAGACUAAAGAUGGUAACAACUACUUCAGAUAUACCCAUUCAUCCUCAUAUGAGCAGGCUCAGAGGGCAUUUCAGGCUGCACAGGCUAUCCAUGAUUUGAACGGUGUAGCAAGUGUCCUUAUACACCAUCCUUACCAUAUUGAGUCGCUCAUAACUAUGGCGGACUACUUUAAGUUUGUUGGUGAGCAUGAUAUGGCUGCAGAUGCCAUUGGAAAGUGCUUGUACGGAUUGGAGCGUGCGUGGCAUCCUAUGUUCACUCCGUUCCAGGGUAACUGCCGGUUGGAGUUUAACCACGAGACUAACAAGCUGUUCUUCAAGACGCUUUUCACUCACAUGAGAAACAUGGACAUGCGUGGCUGUCAUAGGUCAGCGUUGGAGGUAUGCAAACUCUUGCUUUCGUUGGACACGAGUGAUCCAGUGGGAGCUUUGUUUUGUGUGGACUACUUUGCUUUGAGAGCAGAGGAGUAUGCGUGGCUGGAGCAAUUCUCUGAGGAGUACCGAGAUGACAACUCAUUAUGGCUCUUCCCAAAUUUUUCGUAUUCACUUGCUAUAGCCCGGGUUUAUCUUGAGAAAAUGGAGUCUUCAUCUUCCUCAAAAGCCACUCACAUAGAUAGUUUGAAGUCGAGCUCUUUGGAUCUAAUGAAACAAGCUUUGAAGCUUCAUCCGACAGUACUCAAGAAACUAGUGGACAAAGUACCUUUAAAAGAUCAGGCAUGGACAAAGAUACUCAAGCAUUCUUACUUCAGAUCAGAUGAAUCAAAGAUAAUGUCCUUGGAUCACCUUAUCAAGAUCUAUGUGGAGAGGAAUUACCUUAUAUGGAGGCUUCCAGAUAUACAGAAACUGCUUCGGAGUGCUGCUGAUCUAGUAAUUGAGUCACUUGAACAAGACGGAACCGAAGCCGAAAGCUGGCUUUGUGUAAGGAAAGAAGCUUUCUCUGCCGAGAAUAACCAGUACUCUCAUUUAGCAACCCAUGAUUUCUCUGAUUCAAUGCCGACUCUCCCUCCAGACAAUUUGCAGAACUUUGUGGCUGAUCCAAGAAUGGUGGGAGGAGAUCAAAUGAUGGGUGUAGGCGGAGGGGGAGGUCAACAGCAAGCACCACCGCCUCCACGUGAUCUGGCAAAUAGGAAUCCAUUGGCUGUGUUGAUUGAGUCAAUGCUUCCAUGGGCACAUUAUGGAGAUGGAGACGAUGAGAUUGCACGUGAUGCUCACCACCAACCAGACAACAAUGGCUGAAUGAAAGAAGAAAACUGCUACAAAUUUUAUAAAAUGUGGCCUUGCUUUUGUUGUACAGUGCCAUUUUGAUGGUUUAGUUUUAAAAUAAUAUCAUUUUUUAUACUGCUACUUGCGACUACUUUCGGUAAAUCGGAUUUAAUCACUUUCAAGUUCUUGUUUCUGAUUGAAUCA